CCGUGGUCUCUGGGCGGCCACGGGGGACAGGGCGCACCGGCCGGCACCACACCCCGCUCGCUGCGGCGCGACGCCGAGGGCCGGGGGUCGGCCACUGCGUCGCUUCGCGGCCGGAGCAGCGGAGAGGGCUCGAGCGAGGAAACAGCGGCGGCGGCGGCAGGGGUGACCUCGGCGAUGACCCCUCAUGCUGAUGAGGUUGCCUCCCGGGCCCCACUGGGCUCCAUCGAUGUCGGACGCUGUCAGGGUUUCACGACAGCGCAGUGUCCGGCCGAGCCCACUGUUCCCUCCCCGGCAAAGAGAGAUGCCGCUUCUGAAAGACGACGCCGAGGGCCUGCGAGAGAUUCUGGGUUCGAACCACGGCGAUGCGGCAGCCAGCCCGGGGCCCACGCUGAGGCCUCUCUUAAGUCCCAGGUGCCGCCGCUCUCUGAGUCUGGCAUACAACAACAAAGGCAUUGACUCGGAUCAGGUCGCCAUCACAGAGUCGUCGGGGGAAGACCUCGAGGACGACGAUGAUGAUGAUGAUGAUGAAGACAACGACGAUGGCGACGAUGAAGAAUUCGGAGUCGAAGUGGAAACGGCUGCUGUUGAUUGGCCGGAUCGGUAUCCUACCGCGGACGUUUCUGCGCGUAAACUGAGCGAGACGCGUGAUGUCUCGACGCUUGGCUCGCCGAACUCUCGCCUAGAAGGUGACGCUGGAAAACGCGGCCGGGAUUCCGCGCCGCCCCCUAAUACGCCGCCCUACGAGCGAGCCAGCACCGCCACCACCACCGCGACAGCGGAAGGGAAGGAGGCGUUUGCGACGCCGACCUCGACCAACCCGAGCAGCGCCAGCAGCCGACGGAGCAGCACCGAGGAGGGGGACGAGACGGUGGCGGAGCUGUGCCACUCGCCACUCUCGCCGCGCUCGCCCGCCAAAGUCCUGGCCAACGCCGCCGGACGGCCGAAACGCGGGGCCCGUGCCGACGACGCCGCCGAUCGCGUCUCUUGGAACCUGCCCGACGCGACGGAACUCAACGGGUUUCCCUGCCCUCUCCCCGUGCCCAUGGAUCGCCCAAGUGAACCCUUCGGUCCUCACGCCAACGGCUAUGGCAUCAUCGAGGAGGAAGUCGAAGAGUUUUUGAAGGACUGCGGCGGCGACGACAGUUUUGGCGAGGAGUUUGACGUGAAACAGGCUUGCGGCGAACCUCGGCCGCUUCUGCCGCACCUCCUGAACCAAAACGGUGGCGGCAAUGGGGUGACUUCGACCGAAUCGGAAUGGUGGCACGAUUUCAACGGCGACGUUGGCGACGGCGACGGCGUCGGCGACGGCGUCGGCGACACGCUCGCGAGAGCGACUUCCCGCGGGCAGACGCUGCAACUGAGCCGAGCCUCUUCGCUGUCCAAGAAGGACAGGCAGCUGAUCGAGAAGAUCAAGAACUACUACGACCGGGAGGGCUGCGAGGACGUGCGGGGGGGGGCCGCCCCGGUCAAGCGGCGAGAGAGCCUCGCGCACAUCCCCCAGGGGAAGGUCCGGAACUCCAUCUUCGUGCGGGCCCAGCAGCUGCAGAAAAUCAAACAGGGGGAGGAGAACGGCGCCGGGCCGGCACCGGCACCGGCGGGAUCGUUCGGCUUCCCCGCCGACGUUCCGGACGAGGCCUCGGGCGCGGUGCGGGGAGGCGCUCGCGCAGUGGGGAAGACGCCGUCGCCGAGCCGCCCCGGGGCGGAGGCGUUCGACGUGGACGACGUCCAGGCGGUGUACGACAACUGGGUCUGGCCGUCGGGCAGCGUCUACGACAACCUGCUCUGCCUGGGCUCCUCCGGCGCCCUGCCACCGCUCCCCACCCUGCAGGAGAAGCCCUCCGAGGGGGAGGAAGAGAAUGUUUACGGGGAGGUGGACCUGGACGCCGCGUUUCCUUCGGAAGCCGCGCAGCACAAUGGCGACGCGGCGAGCCCCCGGCGGCGGCCGUCGGCGAUAAAUCAAGGCGGCGGCGGCGGCACGCUUCCUCCGUACGACGGGCACGGGGCCCACCCGACCGACUGCAGCAAGAACCUGGACGACCUGUGCGACGACCUGGAGAGCUACUACAGGGACCACGGCAAGGUCGCCUCGAGCCUGGCCGCCUUCCCCGUGGCCGAGCAGGACCUGGAGAGCCCCCCGCGGAGUCUCAGCGCGGGCGACAUCGGCCCGUCGCUCGCUGAGUCGCCGGCCGCCGCCCACGAGGCGGACGGCGGGGGCGGCGCGUCGUUCGCCAAGGCUGUGGCGCAAGAAGCUGGGCCGCUUGAGCGGCUCGGGCGGAGGGGGCGGCGGAUCCGGGAAGGGAACGGCGGCGGCGGCGGGGGAGGCCUCGCGGGGGCCGCUGGGCCGCUCGCUCUGCUCCAGCGCGGAGGUGAUCUCCGAGGAGGGGGAGCGGCGGCGCAGCGGCGGGGCUGGCUCGCCGGCGCGGCGCGCGCGGUCCAUGUACGACGUGGACAGUCCGCCGACAACGCCGAUGGCGGCGGCGGUGGCGAGGCUCUCCGCCGACAAAAGCAAGAGCAGGGUGUACACGCUGGCGCGCGAGUACAGCAUGAGGAUCAAGCGGACUCGGCCGGUGACGGGCGCCAGGGAGGGCAGCGCCGAGGUGGCCCCGCUGCCCGCUGUGCUCGAGAUGAGCGCGCACAACAGCGGCACAAUAGGCGCCAGGAUGGCCGAGCACAUGCACACGUACGGCCAGAUCAUCAUCCGCGAGGGCAUCGCGCUGCCCGCGCCGGCAGACCUCGACCCCCCGCCGCCCGCCGUCGCCGCGAGCGGGCGGCGUCGCCUGCCCGGCACGCCCCCCCCAACAUCUCCCGCCCGCUCCCCGCUCCGCCGCCCCGACUCGUCUCCCGACCCCAACGGCUCGUCGCGCGCCGGCUCCCGUUCCUCGUCGUCAGCAACGCCGCCGUGUUCCCCCUCGCGCGCCGGGCUCCCCGCCGACGCGCCGGGCUGGCCCGUCGUGUGGGGCCUGCGCCUGCGCUACCAGGGCGGCGGCGGCGCCGGCGGCGGCGGCGACGGCGACGGAACCCGCGUGGUGUCGCCGGCCAAGUCGACGGGAAACUUGGCGACGGCGCGCGUGAAGUGGCGCGGGGACGCCGGGGGCUCUCCGGCGCCGGAGGGGCACGGACCUUCGGCCUGCUCCCUCCAGAAGCCGCGGAUCUGGUCGUGGAAUGGCCCCGACGCGGAUUGGCGGGCGCCUCCCGGCGACGGCGGCGUGCAGCGGCCCGGGGGGGCGGCGGCGGCGGCGUUCGACCGCUGUGUCGCGGCGCCGCUGGGGCCACGCAGGGCCAAGGAGAACUACCAUCGCAACUUCGUCGACAAUGACGACGACAGCGAGGACUACGUGGAGAUCCGAUCGCCCGACCUAUCGGGGCCCCAGGCCGUCGGCACGGCAGCAAAGGCCCCGCGGGCCGCCGAGACCGGCGGGGGGGACGAGCGGACGCGGAGCGAGGGGCGGAG